UCUUGGCUGUGUGUCUGUUUAAUUUCGCUUAACAUUGUGGUCUCAAGGCACAUCCCUUCAACAGGCCUCAUUUGCCUCUUUCCUUGGAGUGGCACAGAAGUUGACAAGACAGAGAAUGGCCCAGGAUGCGGUAAGGACCAGGCACCGUUGGGAAGGACAGACUGUGAGCAUCAAGGAGCAGCCAACAGCAGCACAGCCACAAAGACUGUUCCUCUAAGGCCCUGGACGGAGGUCAGGUCGGCCUUGCGGGAUGCGCAGAGCCUGGUGUGCUCCGAGAUGGGCGACAUCCUCCUCGUGCGCCUGCUCAUGGGGGUGGCAGUGAUGCUGUACCACAGCAACUUUGUCCUGGCGCUGGAGGAGCGCUUUGGGUUACGACCUCGGGCCUCGGGCUACCUCAUCAGCUACAGCAGUGCCCUGGGUGCCCUGGCAGGCCUCACCCUAGGACCCAUCCUGCACCUUUAUGGUCACAACUUGCACGCAGCCCUGCUGCACUCCAGUGCACUCACCUGUGCACUGCUGCUGCUCCACGCCUUGGCUGGCACUAUGGCCCUGGUGGUCCUCACCUCCACAUUCCUGUCCUUCUCCACCAACAUCGGCAGGACCUGCAUCACUGACCUGCAGCUGACUAUGGGUGGUGCCCGAGCCAGCGGUGCUGUCAUCGGUGUGGGACAAUCAGUGACUGCUGUAGCCCGCAUCAUUGCCCCUCUCCUCUCAGGAGUGGUGCAGGAGGUCAGCCCCCGGGGGCCUCCCAGUCUGGGGGCUGCCUUAGCCUUGGUGGCUGUUCUUAUAAUGUCACUCAACAAAUCUCACUCCAGGGGCCCUGAGAGUAGGAAGGUAAAGAGUGAGUAGGACACACUUGGACAAUUGGUAGUGUUCAAUCAGGGUCAGUGGCCAUAAUGAGAAAGGAAGUAAUGGAAAGAGUCAAGUGUGUAAGUGAGUCAUUUGCAUGCGGGCAUGCUCUGCGGCCAUGCACUUAUGUUUAUGGGACAAUUGGAAGUCACAGGGACAAUUGGAAAGUUAGGAUUGGAGCAGAGCUUUGCCAAGAGGGACCAUGUGCAUUGUUUACCUGAAAUAUUCUCUUUGGACCAAAUGAUAAGUUAAAACUUCCAGGUUAAGAAAAAUUCCUAGCUAUAGGAGAGGGAAUGGUAGCGGAACCAUGGAUCGCUAUGUAUGGUAAGAGGGAAGAAGCUAUGAGCACGUCCCCACCAAGGAUUAGACCAGCACAUUAGGGACACGCUGGUCACCUGGAGCUCCUUGCUGUGACAAUCCAAAGAAGCUGCUGGAUUAAUCCAGGCGGCAAAGCCAGGUCUGGGAGUAUACACCUGUAAUCCAGCCCUCAGAGAUACUGAAGCAGGAAGAUUGCAAGUUUGAUCCCAGC